AUGUCAAUGUCAUGGGUAUGGGUUUGUUCAUUGCCGUUAACUUUUUUGAAUUCUCCUCGCGUGAGUGAUCCUUCUAUUGGAGGACAUGAUGUGAAUUUCGGUACGGGAAGUGAUGUCUUUGGAGUUAUUUUCUUCGUGACUGGAUUGUUGGUUGAGACUGUCGCUGACUGGUCAAAAGCAAGUUUUUUACAAUUUCGGUUACGGCGAAGUUCUCCUUUGGAAUUUAUUACAACCGGUCUAUGGGGAUGGAGUCGUCAUCCAAAUUAUUUUGGAGAAAUUUUACCAACUGCUUCAGGAAUCGGCACAAAUAUACCUUGGCUCUCAAUAUUAUCGCCAAUAUAUAUAACAAGUAACUAUUUAUUGGUUCUUUUACUCUUCGUCUCGGGUCUACCAUUUACAGAAAUCCCAACUCAGAAAAAACAAUACACAUUAGGUUACGAAAACCCGUAUUUUGUGUAUCGCGAGCAGACGAGCAUCUUGAUUCCUAUACCACCGGUUCUGUAUGGGAAAUUUCCGGAUUGGGUGAAACGAACGAUUCUUUUGGAUUUCCUACUUUACAAGUAUCAUCCGAAACAAAAACCCGGUGUUAUAACUCCUCAAGUUUAG